CUUUUCGUUUUGUUUGACAGUUUAGUCGUCUAAGUUCAAAUUAAGUUUAAAGUUCAAAGUUAAAAAUAACAAUGUCCGAAACACCAGCACCAGAUGAAAAGUGUCUAGAAAGUUAUGUCUACAGUUUUAGAAAGGACAUUAUAAAAGAUAAGGUGGCAUUGAUCACUGGUGGUGGAUCAGGAAUAUGUUUCACAAUAGCUGAAAUUUUUAUGCGACAUGGUUGUCACACUGCCAUAGCUGGAAGAAAUGUAGACAGGUUAAACAAAUCAGCACGGACACUGCGUGAGACAACAGUGUGUCGAUGUCUGCCCAUACAAAUGGAUGUCCGAAAACCUCAAGAAGUAAUAGCUGGUGUCGACACCUGUCUCAAAGAAUAUGGUCGCAUUGAUAUUCUCAUUAAUGGUGCUGCUGGAAAUUUCUUAUGCCCAUUAGAUAAAAUGUCAUUCAAUGCAUUCAGGACUGUUUUAGAAAUUGACACACUGGGGACCUUCAAUGUUAGUAAAGCUGUCUAUGACCAUUAUUUUAAAGCUCAUGGUGGUGUCAUUAUCAAUAUAACAGCCACAUUGCAUUACAAGGGGACAGCACUCCAAGCUCAUGCAGGAAGUGCAAAAGCUGCUAUAGAGGCCCUCACUAAACAUCAGGCUUUAGAGUGGGGUCAGCAAGGCAUUCGAGUCUUAUGUGUGGCUCCAGGGCCAAUUGAUGACACUGAAGGAAUGAGAAGACUUGGUGGUGGUAUUCCCAAAGAGAUUUUAAACAGCGUUAUCCCAAUCGGAAGGAUGGGUACAAGAAAAGAAAUAGGAGAGAUUUGUUUAUUUUUAGUUACAGAUAUGGCAGGAUUAAUCACAUCUUCCACUCUCAUCGCUGAUGGUGCUGCCUGGUUAAGCGAUGACAACUCACACCGCCGAGUGGAAUUUUUUAACAAAUUAAUGGCGAAAAUGUAACUACUGUUUGACACUGACUUCGCACCAUGAGUUGUUAGGAUUAGUACAUUUAUAAUUGUGUCCUGUAAACAGAGAUGAUUUAAAAUGUUUGUGAAAGUAUGUAUUAAAGUACUCAAGAAACAUUCUUUAUGUCUAUUUAAAAGGUAAAA